AUGGGUAACCUCAUCAGCCGGCCCAGCUGCCUGGGCCAGAAGUCCAAGCAUGUGAGGACAGAUGAGGCCUUUCUGAAAGAGUGCUACCAGCGACGAAGAGAGUGGCAGUUACCAGAGCAAAAUGGGGAGACUAAACAAGAAGAAGCUGUCGAAGACACAUCCAGAGAGGAUGCGGACAAGGACAGAGAAUUGGAGAAAGACAAAGAAAUACAGGAAAUUGAUUAUGUAAGAGAGGAGGGGACUCGUACUCCCAUUUCAGACAAACUCCUCCGCAGCUCUCCUGCAUCCACAAUCAGGAGUAGCAGUACUCUGGAAAAUGCCUGGCACAACACUCCAUCACCAAUAAAAACCUCCAGAAAUGGGACACUAACAAAGAGAACACUGGCACCGGAAUUUACCAGAUCUCCUCUGGCUUAUCCCGAAAACAACAGCGCAGAGAGGAGAGCCAGCUUCCAGAGGAGAGACUCUCGAGAAGGAAGUCCAUGGUCUUGGAAGACUGUAGCAUCACGUGAGGUUACAGAGGUGACGGAGGUGACGGAGACGAUCGUGACGGAAAUUGUAGAAGUGACAGAGUAUCCGUCGGGAGAUAAAGGAGGAGACCCAAUAAUCACCAGAACUGUUAGAGUCCUCAAUGGUGUGGCCGAGGAGCUUGCUGAGCUCCAAAGUGAUGGACAGUCAAGUUCAGACCAGGAUUCCAGCCUGGAUAGAUGGAGGGGAACAAGAUCUGCCUUGGCACUGCAGGAUGUGGCAACAGACUCUGAGACUUUUCUCCAAAACCUGAACGCUUUGCUCAUAUGGGUCAGUGAGAUAGAGGAGCUCAAAGACAAUCAGAAAGCCCCAUCCUCAGAAGUCAAAGUGGUGAAAGCUCAGCUCCAAGAACAAAAGCUCUUGCAACGCCUCCUGACAGACCGCCGGCAAAGCAUGGACUCCAUGAUGUUAGAGGGCCCUCGGUUGGUGGAGGCCCACCCAGGAGAGGAGGGGGAGCAGGCAAAGGUCAAGCUCUCCACUCUCAAACAGAAGUGGGAGGCCUUACAGCUGGAGGCAGAGCAAAGGAGGGGGAGGCUGGAGCUCAUUCUGCCCAGGGCCCAGCUUUUCCAGAAAGGAGCAGACAGUCUGCAGCAAUGGUUCAUAUCUGUAGAACAGACCCUAGCUGAACUACGAAAUGCAGAGAGAGUGAUGCUACAUAUCUCAGAGGCCACCGAUCACGGAAAGGCAGUUGUUACAGAGAUACAGGUAAAAACGUCAGAGUUAGGGAAAAUACAAAAGUCGGGGCGUGAUCUGAUGGAAGCAAUUUCAGAGGAGGAAGCCGAGCAGGUGCAAGAGAAGAUGGACACUCUGCGUAUCCGCUGCUCUGUAUUGAGUCUGAGCAGUCUGGAUGUGCUGCAGAGGCUGGAGCAGGCCCUGGAGGCCGCUAGUCGGUGCACCUCCAGCCAGGAGGACCUCCACCUGUGGCUGGGCCGCAUUGAGAGGGAGCUCCUGGGAGCAGCAGGAGCGCAGACACAUGCUGGAGACGCAGUUCUGUGUGCAGCUGAGAGGCAGAGGCUGGAGCAGGCGGUGGUGAAGGAGAUGGCUUGGUUCAAAAACACAGCGCUGGGUCUGGAAAAGCUGAAGACAAUUAAGCUGGAUCCAGAUCUCAUAGCAGGACAACUCUAUGAGCAGAAGAUUUUGGCUGUGGAGAUUCUCCAGCACAGGUUCAACAUUGAGAAGAUGGGGAAGAUCGCUGAAAUCCUGCUAACGUAUAGUGAUGAAGGAGAAACAGGCGAUCUUCAGACCCCAAUAGACGUGCUACAGGAACACUGCAACACCGCCUCAGCCACCAAUUCCCACGUUGUUCUGCAACUUGAGCAUGCUCAAUCGCUUCUUCUCCAAUUCUGCGAGGGGCUUGCUGAGGUUUCACCCUGGUUAGAAGAAACUCAAGCCCUCAUUGGCCACCUCUCCCUGAGCACAAUUAGCUAUGAAGCAUUUCGGGAACAACAGGACCUCUUACAGGGUUUGAGAGAAUCUAUAGCAGAACACAGACCUGUGAUUGCACGCCUGUGGUCCCUGGCAAAACGGUUGUCAGAACUAAAUCCCAAUCAGGGUGACGAGUUCUGUCGCAAGGCUGCAGAGGCCGAGGAGCAGCACAGAGCCAUUAGAGACUGGGUCAAAGAGACUGCAAGCGUGCUUGAGGAGUCACUCCCACGAUUAACACAGCUGAACGAGAGGAUGAUUCUCAUCAGAGAGAGUCUUGAUCGCCUGCGCAGUCGCAUACAGACGCCCACGUCACUUCAAGGACUCACCCCAAGGAUCCAGGAGCAGCUGCAGGACAACAAGCACACCCUGGCCGAGCUGUCCAAACUGGAGCUGGGCCUCAACAGUGUUAAGACCCAGGCAGACCAGCUACUGGCUAACACACAAGCAGCUGGCGAUGGAUCCAUUGGCACGGGUGCAAUGCUGUUCACAGAUUCUAAGGUGUUUUCUAAUUCUAGCAAUCAAGGAGCGUGUGUCCAGCCUGUCCCAGCUUUGGGAUGA